AUGACUAAAAAUACUACUGAAAUUGGCAAAUAUAAGAUUGGAACCAACGUUAUCCACGCUGGUCAAGCCGCCGAUAAAAAUACUGGUGCUGUUAUUGUCCCAAUUUCAUUAUCCACCACUUUCUUACAACCAUCCCCAGGUGUUUUAGCUUCAGAAUACGAUUAUUCAAGAUCAGGUAAUCCAACUAGAAAAGCAUUUGAAGAAUGUAUUGCUGCUUGUGAAAACGCUAAAUAUGGUUUAGCAUUUGCUAGUGGUUUAGCUACUUUAACUACCAUUACCCAUAUGUUAAAAGCCGGUGAUGAAGUCAUUUCAAUCGAUGAUGUUUAUGGUGGUACACGUAGAUAUUUCACCCGUGUUGCUUCAAACUUUGACUUAAAAUUCAAAUUUGUCGAUUUAGCUACCUUAGAUCAAUUAAAAGAAGCUUUCACCGAUAAAACCAAAUUAGUUUGGGUUGAAACUCCAACCAAUCCACUCUUAAAGGUCGCUGAUAUCAAAGCUGUUGCUGAUUAUGUUCACAGCCGUGGUGCCGUUUUAGUUGUCGAUAACACCUUCAUGUCCCCAUACUUCCAAAACCCAUUAGAUUUAGGUGCUGAUAUCGUUAUGCACUCUGUUACCAAAUAUAUCAAUGGUCACAGUGAUUGUGUUAUGGGUGUUUUAGCUACCAACAACGACGAACUUUACGACAAAUUAAAAUUCCUUCAAAACAGUUGUGGUGGUGUUCCAUCAGCUUUUGAUUGUUUCCUUGCUCUUCGUGGUCUCAAGACUCUUCACAUUCGUAUGGAACAACAUCAAAAGAAUGCUUUUGCUCUCUGUGAAUUCCUCGAAAAACAUCCAAAAGUUGAAAGAGUUAUCUAUCCAGGUUUACCAUCACAUCCACAACAUGAAUUAUGCAAACGUCAAAUGAAAGGUUAUGGUGGUAUGGUUGUUUUCUUUGUUAAAGGCGGUAUUGAUCAAUCAAGAGCUUUCUUAGAAAAUAUUAAAAUCUUUGCUUUAGCCGAAUCAUUAGGUGGUGUUGAAUCUUUAAUCGAAUUACCAUCAGUUAUGACCCACGCUUCAGUUCCAGAAGAAGAAAGAGCCAAAUUAGGUAUCACUGAUACUUUAAUUCGUUUAUCUGUUGGUAUUGAAGAUAUUAAUGAUUUAAUUAAAGAUGUUUCACAAGCUUUAGAAAAAUGUUAA